GUUAGGGUGCAAGAACUCUAAGCACUCCAGCAAACACGGAAUUAAACGAAAUUUGAAAAAAGUGUCCAAUUGAAUAAUUACAGUGCCAGAAAGUGAAUUGUGUGCUUGCUUGGUUAAUAAAACGGAUAAAAACGUGGUUUUAAGAAGAUAUGGUCAUAUUGCAUACGCCAACAUCCCCGGGCAUGACGUGCCGGGUGUCUUCCUACGGCGCCGCCUCCGAAUGGGACAUCAACGACAGCGCGAUCCCGCGCAUCAGCGAAUAUGACCCUUUCUCGGAGUGGGCCGAUGGCCACUGUCGGCUGGUGUAUCGCGCGGAUUCUGAGGAGGCAAAGCGACACGCGAGUGGCUGGGCGAUGCGCAACACCAACAAUCAUAACGUGCAUAUUUUGAAAAAAAGUUGUCUUGGGGUUUUGGUUUGUUCUAUGAGAUGCACCCUACCGAAUGGUGAUACUGUUCAUUUGAGACCUGCUAUUUGUGAUAAAGCACGCAAAAAACAACAAGGUAAACCAUGUCCAAAUCGUCAGUGUACAGGCAGAUUAGAAAUACUAGCCUGUCGAGGGCAUUGUGGUUACCCAGUGACGCAUUUCUGGAGACAUACCGAGCAUGCGAUUUUUUUCCAAGCGAAAGGAGUGCAUGACCAUCCGCGGCCGGAAGCAAAGAGCACAUCAGAGGCGCGUCGCAGCAUCGGCAGUGGGAGGCGAGUGAGAGGCCUGGCUGUUCUACUAGCGCGAGAAUCCUCAAUGACUAACAAGUUUCUUUCCAAGCGUCAAUAUAAAUCGCACCUUGCCGCCCCGCCGCCCCCACCACUGAUAGCAGACGCCGAGAAAUCCUAUUGCUCCUGCCCGCCGUUUGAAUGCGUGUGUAGUAUUCACACAACAACGCCCCUCCAGUAUUCCCCCGGUGCUUCAACUUCCGCCUCCGCAACAACCGCCCCCUACCACCACCAGCAACAAAUUCUCGAUUCGUAUUGGACGCAAGAACCGCCACAAGCACAAUCCUACCCGACCGAAGUGGCGGCUAUGCCCCCGACGCAAUCCUAUGAUUUUACUCUACCAUUAAACAUCCCAGGUGAUCUCUUUCAACCCGAGGAGAUCUUCCAGUUGGAUCAACCCAUAAAGAAUGAAUUCACUAAUGUGGUCCCUAAUGUCAAUACAACUAGUCAAUCACCACCUACUCUACUUGACCUUGGAAGUGGGACCAUCCAUCGUGAAUACAAAGCGGAAUACUGGACGCAAACCAAUGUCAAUACCAAUGACGAUAGCAACUCAAGCAGUCGAUUUAAUUUCAACGCUUCCCCCGAUACAAUCAUGAGUAACAAUAAUAACACCCUGUGUUCUUCAUCGUUUGAUGCCAAAACCCACCAGGAGGAGUUUUUUUACCAACAGCAAAUAAAUACACAAAACCAAGUUGGUUUUGUUGCUGAUUUAGGCGAAGGGAAGAUGUAUUAUGAUGAUUUGCACUACGAGUACGGUAAUAAGUAUAAACUGUGUCAAUAUGAGCAAGGACAACGGUUUCCAUCCGCUGGUGCGCAUGCGCCAAGUCAAAACAAUGAGUAUAUUGAUUAUACUUGUCUGCUGAGUAGUAAUGGUUAUGAAAAAAUGCAAAUGGCCGACGGGAUGUUCGAAGAUGUGCAUAACCUCAACGGAUUCAAAAUGGCGCACGGAUACAAUUGCAACAAUGAGUUCGAGCACAUCAUGUUGAACAAUUAAACAAUUACUAACGGGAUAUCAAUUAUUCAAGUUUUCUGUUUUCUUAAACGUGUGCCUUUUUUGAUUACUUAUCAAAUUUAUUAAGUCAAUUAUAUCUAACAAACGAUUAGUGUAUAUUUUCUUAGUGUAAAUUGUGUUUGUUACUUAUUUCCGCAUUAGAAUACUUAUUACGUUUGACGGUCGAUGGGCAUUUUUAACGUUU